CCAUGCCCUCUCAAUCAUGGUUACAAACUUAGUAUUAAUAUUUUUGCUAUUUUUCGGAAUUUCAUUCAGUGUUGAAGGAAGGAAGGGAGUGUUUCUUGAGUACAUUUCACCCAAGGUACCAGGGAAUGAGACGCGCGAGGAGCCAGCUCUAAGACUGGGCAGCCGGGAUAGCACUGAAGAUGACCAGAUCAAGUCUAUGCUGGAAGAGAACUACAGGUUCAGGAGCGACCAGACGGCUACGAGGUUCAAAGUUGCUGCCGAGAAGAAAGAUGAAGAAGCCCCAGCCUCAGGCGAUGGCGGCAUGUCCUGGGUGUUCCGUGCGUUCGCCGUGCGCCGCAUCGUGGGGGGGAUGGAGACCAGCAUCAGCAUGUACCCCUACAACGUGGCCAUCUCGCGCAACGGCCGCCACUGGUGCGGCGGCUCCAUUAUCGACGAGCAGUGGGUGCUGACGGCCGGCCACUGCUUCGAGUCAGCACAUGACAAUGAUAAGAAGAAACUGGCUUCGUUCAUAGUGCGAGCCGGGAGCUCGUUCCACAAUAGGGGAGGAUACCAAGCCAGAGUCAACAAGGCGUUCUUCCCACCCAAAUAUGUCCCUGGCAACGCUGACUUCGACUUCGCCCUGAUCCGCCUGGACCGGCCCAUGCCCAUCGGACGCAAUAUUGCUGUGCUCAACCUACCCUCCAAAGAAUACCUGAUCAAACCUGGGGAUAUACUUAUUGUCACUGGAUGGGGGAGUACUCAUGAGACAGGAUCCGGUCACAUCCCGGAUCGCCUCCGCUUCGUCCCCGUCCCGGCGAUGCGGCUGUCCCAGUGCCAGACCGCCUACCGUUUCUACAUCACCCCUCGCAUGAUGUGUGCUGGCUACGCCACUGGGGGAAAAGACGCUUGUAACCACGACUCCGGCGGUCCAGCCGUCCGUGAUGGCGUCCUCCUCGGCAUUGUCUCCUUCGGCGGCAAACAGUGCGGGGACCCGCACUCCCCCGGCGUGUACAGCCGCGUGUCCGAGAUGACCUGGUGGGUUGAGAAGACCAUCUCGGACAACGAGUGUGAAAACGUCCCUGAGCUGCAGGAGAAGAUCAGGAAGGCUAGAGAGCGCGAGCAGGAUUUACAAAGAUUUAAGGCUCGCGUCGAAGACAAGAAGAACCGCAUCAAGAAUUGGCUCCGGGAAACCUUGAAGUCGCCAAGUUUCAUAGAACUGGCCAAAAGAAAGCUGAGUGAAGCCCAGGCCAUGCGCAGGAGUUUCACAGAGUCCCUCUAUGAACCCCAAAACGCCACUGACAUGGACGAUACAGAGAUGGAUGAUAUUAACUUAUCAAAUCUAAUACACGAUAGGAUCUUACAAAGCAAUGAUGGGAACGAAGAUGAUAACAUGCUCAGUACGUUAGCGUUGAGGGAUAUCAUGAUGAAUGAGGGAAAAGGGAAGACGGCUAAGGAUGGCUUUGAAGAACUAGUGGAGUUCGUCACGGGAGAUGAUCCGAAGCCAGGGUUACCGGCACCAGAAAAAGGGAAUGUUACCAAAACUUAAGUUAGUGUUCUCGGAUAUUAAAAAGUAACAACUUUA